ACGCUUUUCGCAGAAGUACAUGUGUAGAUCUGAAAAUGAAAUUUAAAAAGAAGAUAUGAUUAAAAUUAAGAACAAAUUGUUUGAGCUUAGAUUUUUGGGAUCAAAAACACAGUUUACAUGUUUUUGGGAUUAUUUCCUGCCAUGUUUCCACUUGGAAUUUUGUUCCUGUCACUAAAACUGUGGGCGAGGUUGCAUACAGGCCAACACAGUGACGUCAAACAAACGUAAGCAUGGCGGGCGGUGAAAUUCAGUUGAUGUCGGAAAACGAGAAUAAACCCACAGAAGAUGAAGCAGAAAAAGAGGAAGAAGCACUGCAGGCUGACGACGAUGUGGAAGAGGAAUCAGACUCCAAUGACAGUGCUGAUGAUGCCGAAACUGACAAGAGACUAACAGAGUUGGAAUCACAAGUAAAGGAAAAUCCAUUCAUGUACGCUGGACAUGUGGAGCUGAUUUCUGCCUUGCGUGAAGCUGGUGAGCUGGAGAGAUUGAGAGCUGCCCGAGAAACCAUGAGCACCAUAUUCCCACUUUCAGAGGAUCUGUGGCUGGCAUGGCUGAAGGAUGAGAUCAGCAUGGCGUCUGGAGAAAGCGCAGAACAGAGAGCAGUUGUGGAACGUCUAUUUGAGAGAGCUGUACAGGAUUAUCUGUCUGUUCCUGUGUGGUUGGAGUACGUGCAGUUUUCUAUUGGUGGAAUGGGACAUGAAGGAGGGAUUCAACGUGUCCGUGAUGUGUUUGAGAGGGCGCUGACAGCUGCCGGACUUCACGUGACAAAGGGUGCGAUGAUUUGGGAGGCGUAUCGCGAGUUUGAGGCUGCAGUGCUGGCAGGUUUGAUGCCUGCAGCCGGGUCUGUGCCCACCAAGGAACAAGAGGAGAAGUUUACCAAGCAAAACCAGAGAGUUAUUUCCCUUUUCAAGAGACAACUGUCUGUCCCGUUAAACGACAUGGAGGAGACUUACUCUGAAUUUCGACAGUGGAUGUCAGACAUUGAAGUAGAUCAGAAAACAGCAGCGGCCUACAACAAGGCCAGGGACAAACUGAAGAAGAUUCAGCCAUUUGAAGACGCAUUGUUGUCUGCCCCUGGCCUGGAGAGCUAUCAGUCCUACAUACAGUUUGAACUGAAGGAGAAUGACCCAGCGAGGAUCCAGUGUUUGUUUGAGAGAGCCUUACAGCAGCACUGUCUGCAGCCUGACCUCUGGAUACAGUACACACAGUAUCUGGAUAGAAAGUUAAGGGUGAAGCAGAUUGUGAUGGCUGUAUAUAAGAGAGCUGUAAGAAACUGUCCCUGGUCAGCAGCACUCUGGGAGAAGUAUCUGGUUGCCAUGGAGAGAUAUGGAGAACCUUGGGCAGAGAUCAGAGAGACUCUGGAGCAAGCGUUACAGUCUGGCCUUACUGAACCAGGGGACUUCCUGCUUCUGUGGACAGCCUACUGUGACUACCUAAAGCGCAGGAUUGACUGGGACAAAGACCAUGCUGUGGAGUUGGAGGACUUCAGAAACACUAUACAGAGAGCUGUUGAACAUUUGGCAGAAUACUUUGGCUCAGCCGGUGAUCCAAGAUGUUCCCUGAAGCAGUUCUGGGCCUUUGUUGAGGCAAGGUUUUGUAAAAAUAUGGAGAAGGCACGAGAACUGUGGGGAUCUGUAAUGGCGGAAGGACACGGUAAUGAGGCAGUGAUGUGGCUUGAAUACCUAAAGCUAGAAAGGCUCUUUGGAGACACAAAGCAUUGUCGGAAGUUGUUACAGCGAGCCCUGAACUCAGCCAGUGAUUGGCCAGAAAGUAUUGUCGAGGCUUUCCUAAAUUUUGAGAGGGAAGAAGGGACGUUUGAGACAUACGAUCAAGCAGUCAUAAAAUGUGAAGCUCAGAUGGAGAGAGUCUCUGAAAGACGAGCCGUGGCAGCUGAAAAAGAAGCGUUGAUGGAAGACUCUAAGAAAUCUGUGAAACCAGGAAAAAAAGACAUCAAGGCAAAGCAAAACCAAAAGCUUUCUCAUAAAUCUACAAGAGAGGAGACUGGAGGGCAGAAAAUGAAAGUAAAACCUACCAGGCAAAGCCAGAAGGGUAUGCCCUCUGAGCAAUCAGAGAUUCCCGAGCUAAAACCCUACAAACGUAAGUUGGAUGGCUCUGGAGAUACAGCAGGUUCCGGAUCCAAAAUGUCUUCCAGCACCGUCUCAGAAGCCAUGGCACCACCAGAUGGGGAACCUCCUGUAAAGAAAGUUAAAGGUCCCGGUGAAGCAAUAACCACACAAGGUGUCCGUGUAAGUGUAUUUAUGUGUAUUCCAGGUCCCGGUGAAGCAGUAGCAACAGAAGCUGUCUGUGUAAGUGUAUUUAUGUGUAUUCCAGGUCCCAGUGAAGCAAUAGCCAGACAAGCUGCCUGUGUAAAUGUAUUUAUGUGUAUUCCAGGUGCCGGUGAAGCAAUAGCCACACAAGCUGUGCCACAUGAUGCAUCAAAGGAACAUCGCACUGUGUUUAUCAGCAACCUGCUGUACUCCAUAGAUGAGGAGAGACUAAGAGAGAUUUUCAGCCAGUGUGGUGAAAUAACAGAAGUGCGAUUGCCCAAAAACUUCAAAGGGAAGUCAAAAGGAUUUGGCUAUGUUGAAUUCAGAACAGAGGAUUCGGUGUCGGCAGCAUUGCGCAUGGACCGUAAGGAUGUGGAGGGCAGGCCUAUGUAUGUGUCCCCAUCCAUUGACAGAUCCAAACAGCCUGCAACAUUCCGGUUUUCAACAGAUUUGGAGAAGAAUAAACUGUUUGUUAGAGGUCUUCCAUUUACCUGUUCCAAAGAGGCCUUGGAGAACAUCUUCGGUCAGCAUGGAAAACUGAGAUCUGUCAGGCUUGUGACACACAAGAGUGGAGCACCCAAGGGACUGGCUUACAUUGAAUUUGAAAAUGAGACAGAGGCUGCUCAGGCUGUGCUGAAGACAGACGGCCUACAGAUAGGGGACCACACCAUCUCUGUCGCCAUCAGUAACCCGCCUGACAGGAGGGCACCACUCAAAACCAGGGCAGAGACCUUUGUCCCCUCACUCGGAGGUGGCAAAAAGGAAUCAGAAAUACGGGGUAAGGCUCGUACACAGUUGUCCCUGGUCCCCCGGGCUGUCCAGAAGAAGCCUCCCCCGGGGUAUACUCCUGCCCCGAAGACCAACGCUCCUGAUGCCCAGUCUAAGGAUAGACAGAAUGGAGCAGGCCAGACAACAGCCAAAGACCAGACUAUCCCCUCCCAGAAAAUGAGCAAUUCAGACUUUCGCAACAUGUUGUUAAAGAAGUGAGGAAGAUCUACAUGUAAAUUCCGGAAAUUCUUGCUCUUGUGCCAAUCAAGGCUCUGGUCAAGUCAAAGACUUGUGAUGGUGGCAAUGUCAUGGUUUGAUGAAACUGACAGCCUAGAUAUGGUGACACCUUGUUGUCUUGCAAUGUGUGAGAACAGAUUGGGACUGAACAGAACAAUUUUGGGUUGGUGCAUCGUGUAAACGUACAUAUAAAUGCAGCUGUAGUUUGUGACAUGAUUGGUAUAUGAUAUGCACAUGAUAUGCAACAUGUACAAGUAUCAGCUGACCAUCAGAAGAUUGCCAUCACAUGAUGAUGAAUGCUGCGCGUAAUAGAGGAUUGGGAAGUUAAUGAAGGAUUGGGAUGUUGAUGAUAGAUUGCGAAGUAGAUGCAGGAUUGGGAUGGUGAUGUAGGAUUGGCAAGUUGAUGCAGGAUUGGCAAGUUGAUGCAGGAUUGGCAGCUCGAUGCAGCAUUGGCAAGUUUAUGCAGGAUGGGCAAGUCGAUGCAGGAUUGGCAAGUUGAUGCAGGAUUGGCAAGUCAAUGCAGGAUUGGCAGGUCGAUGCAGGAUUGGCAAGUUGAUGCAGGAUGGGCAAGUCGAUGCAGGAUUGGGAUGUUGAUGCAGGAUUGGGAUAUUGAUGAUGGAUUGGAAGUCAAUGCAGGAUUGAGAUGUUGAUAAAAGAUUGGAAAGUUGAUAAAGCAUUGAGAAGUUAAUGCAGGAUUGGGAUAUUAAUGAUAGAUUGGGAAGUUUAUACAAGGUUGGGAUUUUGAUGAUAGAUUGGGAUGAUGAUGAAGGAUUGGAAUGGGCAUAUACCUGCAGGAUUGGGAUGCUGAUGGUAGAUUGGGAAGAUGAUGCAGCAUUGAACAGUUAAUGAUAGAUUGGGAAGUUGAUGCAGGGUUGGGAUGGGUAUGUUGAUGCAGGAAUGAGAUGUUAAUGAUAGAUUGGGAUAUUGAUGCAGGAUUGGGAUGUUGAUGCAGGAUUGGGAUGUUGAUGAUGGAUUGGUAUGUUCAUGCACGAUUAUAGAGAUUAUGCAGUACAUCUAUCACUUAGCCUGCUUGUCAGGAUGAUGCUCCUGGCUGCUAUCUUGAUAUGAAUCAGUAGUGCCACCCUGUAGUUGAUAAGAAAAGCAAUUCCGCUGACUUUGCUCAUUAUCUUGGGUAGUAGGAAAUUAUUAACAAUUUGGGAGGUAACACAGGAGUUGGAAAGUGGCCUAGGAUUGGCAAGUUGAUGUAGGAUUUGGCAGAUGGUGCUAGUAAAACCUUGGUACAGUGCACGUGAACUGGUGUGUGGUAUAAAUAAUAUGAUAAUUGUUUUUAGGUUUGUUAUUAGAAGAUUAAUCCCACCAAACAACAGUAUGAGCAUGUACAAGGGGGUGGAUAUUUGUGCUCUUGCAGCAUAAUUUGCCCAAAACAAGGGCUUAUUUAUUUGCAUGUAGUCUGCAGAUAUGGCCUUAAACUGCCACUACUUCUGCUCAUGUUGUUGAUUAUUUAAAAUAAGGAUGGCUUCCUACAUUUUCAGUUAUGAAAAAUUUACUUCUAGUAAUUUCAACCAGAAGUCUAUUGCUCAGAAACAUUGCAACAUCCCUAUAGCUAGUUCUCAUGGCUCUUGGCACUUUUCUGCGAUUUCUGUUACAUUAUGCGAUAUAUCUUCGCAGUUAUGUAUUUAU